CGCGGCCAUGGAAACACUGGACGGGCUGGACUUGAGAUCACAACAAUAACCAACAACUGAUUUUCAUGCAGCCGCCAUCCAAUAUGAAUUUGGCAGAGAUUUAUGACAAUGCAAAAAAGGGUCGUGAGUAUGCUCUUCUGGGGAACUACGACUCCUCCAUGGUCUACUACCAGGGUGUCCUUCAGCAGAUCCACAAGCACUGUCAGUCCCUCAGAGACCCUGCCCUCAAAGUCAAAUGGCAGCAGGUGAGACAGGAGCUCACAGAGGAAUAUGAGCAGGUGAAAGGUAUUGUGGGAACCCUUGAAAGCUUCAAGUCUGACAGGCCAGUGGACUACCCGACUCCUCAACCGGAAGAGAGGUCCCAGGACCCGGCCGUGUGGCCCCCACCCAUUCCUGCCGAACAUAGGAACCCUACCUCAGUGAAGCGUCCUAACACUGGUAUGAAACAGCAAAGGAAGGAUUCUCCUGGUCUUCAGCACAGAGGAGCUGGGCCAGCCGGUCGCGGGCCAACCAACCUGAAAUCAGAGAAGUCCGGAUCCAGAGACGUCCGCGGUACCAAGGCCAGAGAUGACAAGGCAAAGAAAGGAGUUGGGGACGUGGUUGGGGACGGAGAGCUGAAGAAGUUUGACGGCUCGGGAUACGACAGUGACCUAGUGGACGCGCUGGAGCGAGACAUCGUGUCCCGCAACCCUAACAUACACUGGGACGACAUCGCUGACCUGGAAGAUGCCAAAAAGCUGUUAAGAGAGGCGGUGGUGCUGCCCAUGUGGAUGCCUGACUUCUUCAAGGGCAUCCGACGUCCCUGGAAGGGUGUGUUGAUGGUUGGUCCUCCGGGCACAGGGAAGACCAUGUUGGCCAAGGCUGUGGCCACCGAGUGCGGGACUACUUUCUUCAAUGUGUCCUCCUCCACGCUCACCUCCAAAUACAGAGGGGAGUCUGAAAAGCUGGUCCGUCUGCUGUUUGAGAUGGCACGUUUUUAUGCACCGACGACCAUCUUCAUAGAUGAGAUUGAUUCCAUCUGUAGUAGAAGAGGAACAUCAGAUGAACACGAAGCCAGCCGCAGGGUCAAGUCAGAACUCCUGGUUCAGAUGGAUGGCGUUGGCGGCGCCCUGGAGAACGACGACCCCUCCAAGAUGGUGAUGGUCUUGGCUGCCACCAACUUCCCCUGGGACAUCGAUGAGGCCCUUCGGCGGAGGCUGGAGAAAAGGAUCUACAUCUCCCUUCCUACAGCGGUGGGUCGUGUGGAGCUGUUAAAGAUCAGUCUGAGGGAAGUAGAGUUGGCUUCUGAUGUGGACCUGGCUCUCAUUGCUGAGAAGAUUGAAGGUUUCUCUGGAGCGGACAUCACCAACGUCUGCAGGGAUGCGUCGAUGAUGGCAAUGCGUCGUCGGAUCCAGGGCCUCAGCCCAGAGCAGAUCCGCGCUCUCUCCAAAGAGGAGCUGCAAAUGCCGGUGACCAUGGAGGACUUCACCCUCACACUCAAGAAGAUCUCCAAGUCGGUGUCUGCUGCCGACCUGGAGAAAUAUGAGGCCUGGAUGGCGGAGUUCGGGUCCGUGUAG